AUGGCUGCGAGACGACAGGCACAACGUCUCGCGGCGCAACUUCGUCAGCUGCCGACGCACUCUGUCACACGCCAAUGGGGCUCGCCAAGGUCGCUAUCGACAAAGGCCAGCCCGCGUCAGUCUUCUCGCAGUUCCUGGCAUCUCUCCUUGAUCGGCGCAGCGGCUGUUCUGGGUGUUGCCGCUCCGCUGGCCUACCACAACAUCAAAUCAAACCCCGUCGGCCUCGACGCCUCGACCCUUGCCGAGAAAGAUGCCCAGAAGAAGCGCGAAGCUGCGAUCAGCGACGACUCGCCCAUGCGCCUACGGAUGGAACGCUUCAUCAAGGAGCAGCAACAGGUCAUUGUGCAAGCGCUCGAGAAGAUAGACGGCAAAAAGUUUCGCAAGGAUGAGUGGGACCGCAAGAAUGGCGGCGGUGGCAUCACCUGCGUUCUCCAGGACGGCAACGUCUUUGAGAAGGCUGGCGUGGGCGUCAGCGUCGUGUACGGCUCGCUCCCCAAGCCUGCGAUUGAGAAGAUGCGUGCGAACCACAAGAGCCUGGAUCCCACCGUCAACUCACUGGACUUUUUCGCUGCCGGCUUGAGCCUCGUGCUGCACCCGCACAACCCAAUGGCGCCGACGGUGCACCUCAACUACCGGUACUUUGAGACGGCCAACCCAGACGGUACCUCGCAGGCCUGGUGGUUCGGCGGUGGCAGCGAUCUGACGCCCUCGUACCUGUUCGAUGAGGACGCGAUCCAUUUCCACAAGACACUCAAGGAAGCGUGCGACAAGCACAACAAGGAAUUCUACCCCGAGUUCAAACAGUGGUGCGACGAGUACUUCUACAACAAGCACCGUGAGGAAUGCCGCGGUAUCGGUGGCAUCUUCUUUGACGACCUCGAUGAGGCGUCGCACGACCAGGAGAACACGUUUGCCUUUAUUCAAGACUGUCUCAAGUCAUUCCUGCCAUCCUACCUCCCCAUCCUCGAGAAGCGCAAGGACAUGCCCUUUACCGAGAAGGAGAAGGACUGGCAGCAGAUUCGCCGUGGCAAAUACGUCGAGUUCAACCUCGUCCACGACCGCGGGACGGCGUUUGGGCUGAACACGCCUGGCUCGAGGGUGGAAAGUAUUCUCAUGUCGUUGCCGCUGACGGCCACGUGGAAGUACAUGCACGAGCCAGAACCCAAGAGUCGGGAGCAGAGGUUGGUGGAUGUGCUCAAGGAGCCCAAGGAGUGGGUGUAG